AUGGUCGUUUCUUUUGAAUCCGUUGUUGUCACCACCCUUGACACUCUCGGCAGUGGCAACUCUUCUCUUAUUGCCAUCAAUGUCGGCUCCCAGCUUCCCUUGAAGCUUACCCUUUCCAACUUCCCUUCUUGGCGUGCCAAACUGACAUCAAUGCUCAUUGGCUAUGACUUUCAGGGCUAUCUUGAUGAUAAGUCGAUUCUCCUCGCCAUCCUUGCAUUUGUCUCCAAGCUGGUCUUGUCACUCAUUGCCGCUUCCACCACUGCUCAUGAUGCUUGGUCCAAGUUGCAACAAUUGUACGCCAAUAGUUCACGCACUAGUGUUAUGCAACUUAAGGAGGAGUUGACUCUCAUUCAGCAAAAUUCCCGCUCAGUCUCGGAGUAUCUCCAAGCCAUCAAGGUUUUAGUUGAUGAACUUGGUAUGAUUGACUCUUCUGUCUCAACGGAUGACAUUAAAUUGUAUGACCUCAAUGGUGUUGGCCCUAAGUACCGUGAGAUUGCAGCGCCUAUUCGAGCACGUGAGACUUCUCUUAGAUUUGAGGAGCUUCAUGAUAUGUUGGCUGGCCAUGAAAGUUACUUACGAUUUGUUGACGCAUCCAAUGUUGUCCUGGUUGCACUGCAAGCUCCACUCGGCACCGCACUUUCACUUCCAUUUUCAACUGCAGCCAACAUUCUAGUGCUGGUUCCUUUGUUGUGUGACAAAGUCGGCCACUCGACCAAGACUUGUUACUCGACUUCAGGAGUGAAGUCUGUUAAUUGUGCUGCUACAAAUGCAUCCACUGACAAAAAGUGGCUUUUGGAUUCCGCUGCUUCUAACAACAUCACCUUCAAUCUUGCCAAUCUCUUUGUUCACUUGGAGUAUGAUGGCACGAAUGGGGUCGUCAUUGGCGAUGGCUUAGGUUUGCGAGUGAUACAUGUUCGCUUUAUGUCUAUUCCCUUUCCCUCAAAGCCUUUAAAUUGA